AUGUGCAAUUAUCGUCAAUUAGAGGGAAUCAUCACUCCGGCGGAGUUCAAGAGGCUCUACCGGCUUCUUCGCCGUGGGGAUGCUUUCUCUGUAACGGGUAAACCUCAUCGGACUGGACGGGGCGAGCUUACAGUCGUGGCGACUCAGUUGCCGCAGCUUCUGUCUCCCUGUCUGCACGAUGUGCCUUUGGACGCGAAGGAGCAUGAGAACUCCCCGUAUCCGCGCCAUGUCCAGUUCCUGGCCGAUCCGAGCACUGCGGAUAUCAUCCGGGCGAGGUCGGCGAUUGUUCAAUAUCUUCGCCAGUUCUUUGUCGAUCGAUCGUUCAUGGAGGUGAACACUCCGAUCGUUGGCUCUGUUGCCGGCGGAGCAAUCGCUCGUCCUUUCUACACCUUUGCGUCAGAGUUCCCGGACCGUAAAUUAUCUUUGCGGAUUGCGCCGGAGCUGUGGUUGAAGCGGUUGGUGGUAGGCGGUUUUGACCGCGUGUUUGAGAUUGGACCCUCCUUCCGCAAUGAAGGCAUUGACAAGACUCACAACCCGGAGUUCACGACAUGCGAGUUCUACCACGCAUACGCCAACCUCGAAGACCUCAUGACCACAACCGAGAACCUGCUCUCCGGCAUGGCGCAGCAUAUCCGCCAAUUCAAUGAGAACGCGACUCUCACACCGACCAAUGCCGAUUUCUCCACGCCGUUCCGCCGCAUCGACUUCAUCACCGGCAUCGAAGAGAAGAUCGAUCGCAAGCUUCCCGACCUCACGACCCCCGAUGCCUUUGAACAAGUGAUGCAGCUCUUCCACGACCUUUCCCUGCCUCUUCCGGACAAACCGACCCUCCCUCGACUCCUCGACGAGCUCUGCAGCACCUACGUCGAGCCCGAAUGCAUCAACCCGACUUUCAUCAUCAACCCCCCGGAAUGUCUCUCCCCGCUCUCCAAAUCUUUCAUCCACCCCACCACCAACCAACGCGUCGCCGCGCGCGGUGAACUCUUCAUCGAAGGCCGAGAGGUGGUGAACACAUACGAGGAGGAAAACUCGCCGUUUGAACAGCGACGCAAGUUCGAAGACCAGGUGCGCUACAGCAAGGCGGCCAAGGAGAAUGAGGAGGUCGACGAGAGUUACCUGGAGGCUUUGGAAUGGGGUCUGCCGGCUACCGGUGGAUGGGGAUGCGGGAUCGAUCGUCUCACUAUGCUCUUUACUGGUGCGAAGAGAAUCGCUGACGUUUUGCCGUUUGGGACAUUGAGGGCUGUGAGUCGGAGGAAUGAGUGA